UCCUCUUCAGUGGCCAAGGAGUUCAGGAGGCUGGAGGCUGACAUGGGACGGACCUCCCCACCACACAGAGCUGCACUUGGGCUGGAUGGGAAGGUACUGCAGCCUCUCCCCCACCCCACAGUAAAAUGGCAACGGCACCACCCCCUUUGCAGGCCACCUGGGGCCCGAGGGGACUGUUCCAGCCUGGCCCCUGUUCUCAAAAGAGGCUUAACCGCUGCCCCUCAGCCCUGCUGAGGCCGCACUUUCUGCUGUGUAAACUGCUCUGUGGGCUCUGCGUAUGGACUUUCUCCCUUUGGAUCUAUAAUUUCUCAGAAGAGAGGCUGAGGAAUGACCUGCAAAAAUGCCCUGGAGACAGGGCCAGAGAGGAGCUGCAGGCCCCUGCUCCCACCCCAUACCUGUCUUCCUCUCCUGCCUCACAGGGACUCUGGGGGCCGGAGGGUCCCCUAAGCCCGGACAAGCCACCCCUCCUCAGACCCGGUUUUGCCUUUUUGAUUCCUUCUGUGAACACAUAUUCCCACUGGUCUAGGCAAGACAAAGGGACAGAGCUGGAGGAAGGGUCUGCAGAGGGUGUGGGGUGAUCGCCAGGUCACACCUGCUCAGGCCCUGGAGGAAGAAGACAAGCUGUGGUUUGAGCAGCCCGAAUGGAGCCAAGGGCCAGCUUCUUCCACUGCACUAGGCGCCUGUCCCUGUGGUCCCUGUGCACACAUGGAGUAAUGGCUGGCUGGACCCUUGUUGCCUUGGAGGACAGCAAGGGACAUGCUGCCCACUGUCUUCCCACCUGCCUUGGACAGUCCCAAGGGAAAGCAAACAUGAGGUGGCUGGAGGCCCUGCCAGGUAUUCCUAGAAGAGAUCUUGGGGGAGGGGCAGUAGCCAGACAUUUGCUGACCUUGAGGUCACAGGAGGGCCAAGGCUGAACCCUCGAUGGCCUCCUGGAUCCAGCAGCACCAACGGCAGAUCCCACCUAGGCUGUUAGGAAACCCCGGCUUGGGCACUGUGCCGGGCAGUCGGGCGGAGCGUUAGGGAAACAAGGUGGCACUGGACGGAUGGGCGGGGCGCUGGAAACAUGGCAGCACCCAUUUAACCCCUGACGCAGCUGCCUGUGGGUGAGGAAAGGGAUCCCCAAGACCCCAGCAGCUGCCUAGGGUGCUCUUGCCUAUGGCAAGAGCUACCGGGGCACUGGGGCCCCAAUGCUGCAAUUGAGUGCUAGCCCUUUAAAGAUGGCUUCAAGGGGAACCCCUGCCCACGCCUCCUACUCCAGGUACCCUACAGGGGUCACUGGGGACAGACCAAUGGACCCCAGAGCUGCACUCCAGCCCACCCUGGAUCCUGAAAGAGGCUUUGGGUGGACGAGGCCCCUAGCACCUUCCCUGCAUCGUCUGCAACCUCAGGGAGUUGUGGCUUGGUGCUGGCAACCCGGCACGAAAGGGGUUAACGGAGCUGGGAGUGUGGGGCAGGGCUGGCUGACAGGCUGCCCCAGCAGUGGGGAAAUCCAGAGGGCAGGAGCGGCUGGCCCAGCAGACCGCCCGGCCCAGCAGACCGCCCAGCCCAGCAGACCGCCCUCGCUCACUGCCCGCCUGCAACCUGCUCUGCACGAGGGAUGGCCCCGAGGAGAGGUGAGGUGCUCAAAUGUCCCCUGCCACUUGGUCUGGGGGUAGCCAAUCCAUGGCCCUAAGCCCACUGGGGGAAGCUCCAGAGGGUUCAACUCCAGAGGGUCUCUGUUCCCUUCUCACUUGAUGGCAAGAAGGGAACAAGUGCUCAAGCCCUGUGUGCAACACGUACAGGGACAGGAGCUGGGUGUCCCUCACAACCCAUGCCGGGAAGGGACCAUCUACCAGGCUGAGCCCAAUGCUUCCUAGCCUGUUUCUUUCUGUGGCCUGGGUGGGUGGGUAGGGAGAACAUGCCACCCUGACACUUGGGCCAACUCCACCAAGUGACACUAUAGGAUUGUUCUACCUUGUCACAGCAGGGUAGGCCCAAUGGUGCUCAGAAUUCUUGGGCACUCAGUGGAGGUUUGGGCCACUGUGCUGGGAAGGCCGCUAGCUGGGUCACUGAGGCCUGUACCUACUCUUCUGCCAGCCCAGAACCUAACUCACCGACCAGCCAUUGAGGACAACACGUAAAUUCCCCGUCCAGGUCUGCUCCAGAAUGUUCUGGAAACGGCCAGAUAUUGGCCAACGUGGCAGCCUGGCCUGGCCUGAGCCUGCGCCUCAGGUGAUGCAGGCUGCCUCAUGGACUAAGGGACAGGGGCCCAGGCUGCCCGUGCCUAUGCAGCUGGGGAGCCAAGCUGUAGCUGUAGCGAUACGGGGACCACCACCUGCUGGUUCCACAGGGACCCAGCUUCCAGCCCCAAGACUUGGUCAUCACCCAGUGUCUGCUGGCCAUCUCAGUAGGGUGACCUUAUGCCUCAGUUUGCAAACGACAAUCUCUGCUUGCUAUGGCAGAGGCCUGGGUCUUGCUUACAUUACAGACACCAAACCAGAGCCCUCUCAAUGCCACCUGGUCAAGCCCCUCUCCCCACAGGAGGCCUGGUCCUGGCAGUGCUGCUGGUCUCCUGGGCAGCACUGGGCCCCCGGAGCCUGGAGGGAGCAGAGCCUGGAGCACCAGUGGACACAGAGGGCCCACAGUGUCCAGCCGUCUGCACCUGUAGCUAUGAUGACUACACAGAUGAGCUCAGUGUCUUCUGCAGUGGCAGGAACCUCACUCAGUUGCCAGACAGUAUCCCGGAUAGCACCAAGGCCCUGUGGCUGGAUGGCAACAACCUUACCUCCAUCCCCCAGGGAGCCUUCAGGAACCUCUCCAGCCUAGACUUCCUCAACCUUCAGGGUAGCCAGCUGAGCAACCUGGCGCCACAGGCACUGCUGGGCCUUCAGAACCUGUAUCACCUGCACCUGGAGCGGAACCGGCUCCGGAGCCUAGCAGCCGGUGUGUUUGCACACACACCUGGCCUGGCCUCACUCAGUCUCGGCAACAACUUUCUGGGCCGGCUGGAGGAGGGCCUCUUUCGGGGCCUCGCCCACCUCUGGGACCUCAACCUUGGCUGGAACAGUCUGGUGGUGCUGCCUGACACCGUGUUCCAGGGCCUGGGCAACCUCCACGAGCUGGUGUUGGCUGGCAACAAGCUGGCCUACCUGCAGCCGGCACUCUUCUGCGGCCUGGGCGAGCUGCGGGAGCUGGACCUGAGCAGGAACGCACUGCGCAGCGUCAAGGCCAAUGUCUUCGUGCAGCUGCCCAGGCUCCAGAAGCUCUACCUGGACCGCAACCUCAUCACAGCUGUGGCCCCCGGGGCCUUUCUGGGCAUGAAGGCUCUGCGCUGGCUGGACCUGUCCCACAACCGCGUGGCCGGCCUGCUGGAGGACACCUUCCCCGGCCUGCUGGGCCUGCAUGUUCUGCGUCUGGCGCACAACGCCAUCACCAGCCUGCGGCCUCGCACCUUCAAGGACCUGCGCUUCCUGGAGGAGUUGCAACUUGGCCACAACCGCAUCCGGCAGCUGGGGGAGAAGAUGUUCGAGGGCCUGGGGCAGUUGGAGGUGUUGACGCUCAAUGACAACCAGAUCCUGGAGGUCAAGGUGGGCGCCUUCCUUGGCCUCUUCAACGUGGCCGUCAUGAACCUCUCAGGCAACUGUCUGCGGAGCCUCCCAGAGCAGGUGUUCCAGGGCCUGGGCAAGCUGCACAGCCUGCACCUAGAGAGCAGCUGCCUGGGCCGUGUCCGCUUGCACACCUUCACUGGCCUCACGGGGCUACGCAGGCUCUUCCUCAGGGGCAAUGGCAUCUCCAGUGUGGAGGAGCAGAGCCUGGCGGGGCUACCCGAGCUCCUGGAGCUCGACCUCACCUCCAACCAGCUCACGCACCUGCCCCGCCGGCUCUUCCAGGGCCUUGGCCAGCUGGAGUACCUGCUUCUCUCUGGCAACCAUUUGUCGGUGCUGUCCAUGGACCACCUGGGCCCCCUGCACAGGGUCUUUUGGCUGGACGUCUCACACAACCGCCUGGAGGCGCUCCCUGAGGGCCUGUUCUCGCCACUGGGACGCCUGCGCUACCUCAACCUCAGGAACAACUCCCUGCACACCUUUGUGCCACCGCCUGGCCUGGAGCGCCUGUGGCUGGAGGGCAACCCCUGGGACUGCCACUGUCCCCUCAAGGCUCUGCGUGACUUGGCCCUGCAGAACCCUGGUGUUGUGCCCCGCUCUGUCCAGGCUAUCUGUGAGGGGGACGACUGCCAGCCCAUGUAUACACACAAUAACAUCACCUGCGCUGGCCCUGCCAACGUCUCAGGCCUCGAUCUGCGGGAUGUUGGCGAGGUCCACUUUGCACACUGCUGACCCUGGUUCCCCUGCCUGGCCUGCCGAGGGGCUCACUGUCCCCAGAAUGAUGAGCUUGUCCCCAGCUCUUGGGGAACAGGUCCUGGGUUGUUCACUUUCUGGAGGACAGUCCUGGCAGCUCUGUGGCCUGAGCUCAGGACAGGGGGCAUGAGCAGGUGCCCAAGGGCCUCACCAGGAGGGUGGAAACUCAGCAGCCAUUCCUGCUGGCAAAGAUUAAAAGUAAACAAGAAGCACAACCUGUGACUGGAAAUUCAACUUGAGGAGGGCAUCACCUGCAGUCCCCAUCCCUUGCCCUGCCCCAUUUCCAUCCUGUCUUACUCAGCCCAAGCCCAGAGCCUGUGCCUUGAUGGUCCAGGGAGCCAGCACUAAACU